AUGGAUACUACAUUACAAAUUAGGGAUUAUUUCUAUGGAGGAUUUAAUAAAUUUUGUUUAGAUAAUUAUGAUAAAAUCCAAAGCCAGGAAAAGAAGGAACUAGAAGAAUAUAUAUAUCAAAUAUAUAUGAUAAAAAAUAUUAAAAAUGAUUUAAUAUUAAGUUUAAAUAAUCCGAACAAUUCAAAUUUAUAUUUAUUAUAUUUGUAUUAUAAAUAUUAUUAUUUAUGUGAUAAAGAAAAUGUGUUAGAAGAAAUAAGUCAAUUAAAAACAACUUCUCAAAAUGCUAAUAUAUUAAAAAGCAGAAUAUUAUUUGAUAAUGAUAAGAUAGAAGAAUGUUUUGAUUUACUUGAGGAAGGAUCUAUAGAAUUAAAUGCUGCAAAAGUUUUUAUGUUACUAAAUAUAUGGAGAAACGAUAUAGUAUAUAAUAUUAUGAAUAAUUAUUUUUUUAAAAUGAAUGAAGAUAUUCCAAUAGUAAAAAUAGUUUUAGCUAUUUUCUAUUUAUAUAAUAAUAAUAAUAAAGAAAGCUUUUUAAUUUUUGAUGAUCUAGAAUCUUUAUAUACACCUAUGCUUAAUGAUAAUUCAAAUAUUAUAUGGAAUGGUAAAGGAGUAUCAAAUUUGUUAGGUCAUGAAUAUAAUGACGCAAAAGAAUUUUUAACUAAUGCUUUAAAAAAUUCGGAUAUAUCUUACCCUGAUGCUAUAUAUAAUCUUAUUACAUGCUCAUUAUAUUUAUGUGAAUUAGAAGAAGCAGAUGAUUAUUUAAAUAAACUUUAUAGUUCAUACCCACCUCAUGAUAGUUUAUCUGUUUUGAAAAACAUCGAUUAUGAAAUUGAUAAUUUUGUUCCCGAUUUUUAA